UCCCCAUUCCCUCCCCACUCCUGAGGGAAGGAUAUUGCAAAAUCUCCAUUCCCACCCCACUCUGGGGCCAGCCAGAGGUGGUAUUUGCCGGUUUUCCGAACUACUCAAAAUUUCUGUUACUGGUUCUCCAGAACCUGUCAGAACCUGCUGAUUACCACCUCUGUAUGUGGGGUAAUAAGAUAAGGUAAGGUGGAGCAUGUGUGUCCAAUCACUCUUGGCCAAUAAAAAAAUUCUAUUCUAUUCUGUUCUAUUCUACUGGGAUAAAUCAAGGCUGCGCAGAAAGGGUUAGAGUUGCUAUGAUCCAUUUAAUUUUCCUUGCUGCCAUCUCUUGCAGUUGCAUCACAAAACCUGCCAGGGAAGGCAACCCUUUUCUGAAAAAGACCUUUGCGAUCACAAGUUUACCGGGAUGGAAGAAUGCAACCCAACCGACAUAUUCACUAACUUUCAAUGCAACUCUACCUCCCUCUAUCUGAAGUGCUUCAUGGUCCUCAACCAGUCGCAAAAACCCAUGAUUGCUGUCCUGUGUUUCUGCAUUGGUGUGCUUUGCAUCGUAGAGAACUCCUUGGUACUGUUCCUCAUCUUUUCCUCUUCAAAGCUUCGGAAGAAACCUUCUUACAUCCUUCUCAGCAGCUUGGCCUUAGCAGACACGCUGGCGACCGUUACAUUUGUGAGCAGCUUUCUUAACUUCCAUGUUUUUAAUAUGACAAGUGCUUCCAAGGAGAUAUACUUGCUGAAGCUUACCGGGGUCAACACCUCCUUCACGGCUUCCCUUGGCAGCCUGUUCCUGAUGGCAUUCGACAGGUACAUCUGUAUCCUCCGACCCAGCCACUACAAGCAGCUGGUCACCAGAAGAAGAGCUGUGGUGGCUCUGUUAGUGCUGUGGGCUACUGCCCUCUUCCUAGCCUCCUUGCCUCUUCUGGGAUGGAACUGCUGUAGCCUCCAGUCUACCUGCUCCCAGCUGUUUCCUUUUGUGGCCGACAGCUACCUCUCCAGCUGGAUUAUCUUGGUGAUGGUCCUCCUGGCUUCCAUCAUUUAUGCAUACACGCACGUCCUUUGGAAGGCUCACCAACACACCGCGAACAUGAAGAAGCACCAUCUGGAAGAAAUCCAACAAAACCCAAAGAGAAGACUUGACAUCAAGCUGGCCAAGACUCUAUCGAUCGUCCUGAUGGUCCUGGUGAUAUGUUGGUUACCAGGCUUGUUACUCAUGGCCUACAGCCUCUUUUCAAUAAUGGACAACUUUACCAGGGUAGCAUUUGCCUUUUGCAUCACCCUCUGUCUGGUGAACUCAAUGGUGAACCCAGCUAUCUAUGCCCUACGGAGCAAGGAGCUGAGCUCUUCCCUGAGGAGACUCUGCUCUUGUUUGGGGAAGGUGUUGGGCAAUUCAGAGACCAAUCAGGAAGCAGAAAGCUCUUAA